UCUGGAUAUGGCUAGAGCAGGUUAAAUGCAGGCACCGCCACAUGCACCAGCCCACGGCCAGACGCGCGCCACAGCCAAACCCUAGCCCUAAUUUACAGACGGGAGCCCACAUUCAAUCGCCGCAACAGCUGGACCAGCAGGAGUAGAUCCUGAUCCUAGACGUCCAUCUCAGUCACCUCACCCUCCGUGUCCACGCGCUGAAAUCCGCCAUCAUGCCUUCCGAAGUCUCUGAUAUCAAGCAGUUCAUUGAGAUCUGCCGCCGGAAGGAUGCUUCGUCCGCCCGCAUCAUGCGCAGCCGCAAGACAAACCAGACCAAGUUCAAGGUCCGCUGCCACCGCUUCUUGUACACUCUCGUUCUCAAGGACACCGACAAGGCCGACAAGCUGAAGCAGAGCCUGCCUCCAGCUCUCAAGAUCGAGGAUGUCUCCAAGGGUACCAAGAAGAAGUCUAUUUAAUUGGGACUGGCUGGAUGAGAUGAGGACAGGACCGGGUUACGUGCAUGAUUACAUUUAAUUGUUGAAAUAAAAAUGGUCGAGGAAGGGCAUGUCAACUUUGCAUGUGGCAAAUGCUACCAUCACAUUACAAACCGAGU